UUAUCCGUAAACAGUAUAUAUUCGCAUCAAGUUCUUAAUAACGCUGACAGUAAACUGAUACACGAGUUGUAGCCGAUAUUUUUAAGACAAAAUCAGAAUGUCAACUGAAGGAUCUUCACAAAAACAGAUUCAAGACAUACCUCUCGACGAAGACGAUGAUGACUUAAUGGAUGAAACCGUUGUUGAGAGAUUGGUUGGUUUAACAGAAAUGUUCCCUGAAAGACUUAGAAAUUUCUGCAGUCAAGCUGUCAGUUUAUCAGGAAAAUAUACAAUACAGGGAUAUGGCCUGACCAGAAACUUACUGUGGGUGGCUACAUCUGCUGCAACACUUCUAGUCUUACCUGUUGUGUUUGAAAAAGAAAGGGCUCAACAUCAAGAACAACAAAGACAACAAGAGAGACAGAUAUUGCUGGGACCAAAUGCAGCUAUGGGUGGAAGUUCUCCCAUGAUGCCAGGAAUGAUGCCACCAAUGCCACCAACAUCAUGAUAAAAAAUAACAAAA